UCUCUCUUUCUCUCUGCUUUUUCUCGCUCCUCUCGAACUCCAAAACUUGGACCUUGUUUCCCUCUCUUUAAGAGCCCGCCCCAUUUCAGUGGAAACUAUAUGGAAUCGAUCGCCACCUCCGACGCUCAAAACCAUCGCGACCUCCACCCACAACACCGCGGCACCGCCAUGAAGAAGUCGUCGUCGCGGAACUCCGAGUCCUCCACCAUCUACGACUCCCCCCACAGAUCCGAUUUCGGCGAGCCCCCCGAUUCGCCGCCCUUCGUCUCCCCGGCCGCGACCCUCGACAAGCCUCCUCCCGACAACUCCAAGGCCAUCUUCUCCGUCGACAGGCAACCCCGGUACUCCCCGCUCCAAUCGCGCCUUCUUCCCCAGGUCCAGAAACCGCUCGAGCGCGCGAACCACAAGCCUCCUGGGCCGCCGCCGCCGCCGCUUCCGCCGCCACCGUGGGCGGCGAACAGGGCGGCGAGGGAUGAGGAUGCUCCUCCGGCGGCGGCGAAGGCCGGCGGGAGAGGAGGGAGGGAGGAGGGGCGGUCGACGGCGGUGUCGACGAUACUGAGGAGGUCAAGCAUGAGGGAGAUGGUGAAGAGGGCGGGGCUAGGGUUUAGGAUGAGCGAGAUGAUACUGUGCCUGAUUUCGUUCUCGGUCAUGGCUGCUGAUAAGACGCAGGGAUGGAGCGGCGAUUCGUUUGAUCGCUACAAGGAGUACAGGUUCUGUCUAUCCGUGAAUGUCAUUGGAUUUGCAUAUUCGGGUUUUCAAGCAUAUGAUCUGGCUUACCAUUUGAUCACUGGGAAGCAUGUCAUUCGCCACCACCUCCGUUCUCAUUUCGAUUUCUUCAUGGAUCAGAUUCUGGCAUAUCUCUUGAUAGCAGCAUCAUCCGCAGCAGCAACCCGGGUUGUUGACUGGGAAACAAACUGGGGCAAAGAUCAAUUUACGGAAAUGGCGAGUGCUUCAAUCGGGAUAGCCUUCCUGGCUUUUGUAUCCUUCGCCUUUAGUUCCCUCAUCUCUGGUUACGACCUGUGUACUCGCGAUUUUGCUUGAUGAUAGAUCUGUGUAGCUGGUAGAACGUAGAGUCUCGGGAAGUCCUAAUUCUUCUCCUCUUGCUUUGUUGCUUAAGUUGUACAGGGUGUAAGAUCCAUUCCCAACAUUGUGAUCAAAUAGGCAGAUAAACACAAAAGCAUGGGUGAUUACUGCA